AUGAACAGUUUGGUGGCUACGCCUCCUGUUCCUCCACACUUCUACGAACAUUCCCGCUUCUCUCCUUCACGUUCCAUGUCUACACCAGUACAGCAGAAUAGCAACCGAAAACGCAAGGCCGAAGAUGAUGGCAACGAUGUUGAUGUUCGCAUGUCCGCUUCUCCCACAAACUCUCCAGCCUUCACUCCACGUCCCUUGCCCAACCGCCAGAUGAAACGAUCCCGUCCCAAUGUAUCUGGUCGGCCUUUAUCAUUACCUAGACUUCUCGAGACGUUGGAUACGGAGGCCUUGCGAUCUGUGCUACAGGCAGUCUGCCAACGUCACCCCGAAUUAGGCGAUGAAGUUGUUCACACCGCUCCGCGACCCAGCGUGGCGUCGACAUUGCAGGUUCUUCGAAAUUAUCAGUCGACUCUACAAACAUCGAUUCCUUUGGGAAGCGGCGAAUACCUUUCAGAUUAUGCAUAUAACCGAGUGAAACAACACCUUUUCAGCUUACUCGAGGCUUUGAGCGAUUUUACACCUCAUUUCUUGCCGCCCAACGAAUCUCAGACCUCGGUUUCGUUGACUUAUCUUGAUGGAGCGACAGACAUUAUACACGGCUUGCCAAAGUGGCAGACACCACGACAUAACAUCGGCCGUGACUCGGCUUACGAAGAGAUUGGAAAGGCUUGGGUGCUGGUGAUUCGUGAAGCUGCCAAACGUGGUGGAGGUAUACAAUUACAAUAUGGAGGCUGGGAUCAGAAACUAGCAAAACACAAUGAAACUUCCGGCGGCAAAUUACAAGACGCAGUCAACGAGCUACGGAACAGCUUGGGUUGGAUGGGUUCGUCUGCGUUGCCUGGCGCUGGUGCAUCAGGAGGCGAUCAGAUUUCGAUACGUGAACAACUUUUGUCUGGUACAUACGGUAUGGGCAUGCCUUUGAAGGUUGGGCCCUGGUAG